CACCUUGAACGCCGAAGGUCAAGCGCUCCGGAGUGUUUUAAAUUUUGUAAGUUGCAGCAGCAUUAUUUUCCACAACAAUGAGGCUUAGACUUGUACGAAGUUUGUAUAUUAUUUUGUUAUGCACUGUUUUUGCACUCUACAUCACAAUGCAAUAUUAUUCUGAAUCAAGAGAGAAAAAUCUAUUGACGCUAAAAAAUACAUUAGAAGAUUUCCGUGAAAAACCAAAAGGUGUACUAUCAAUGCCUUGGCUCGCCGAUAUUCCAGCUGGUCAACAAUGGUCUACUGAUAAGCCAACACCGGAUUCGAGAGGUAUUCAUUCCCAAUUACCUACCAAUAAAUUGAAGGCAACAAUUGAUUUUGGCAAGAGUAAACAUUUAAACAUUGAAACAUUUCAAGCUCCAGUAUGUCCUAAAAUUGACAAUGAUUAUUCAGUAAAUACAACAUAUCAAAUGAAUAAUAUUUAUAACCAGUUGGCAUUUGAUGAUCAACCCGGCGGUGUGUGGACUCAAGGAUUUCCGAUUGAAUAUAAAAUGGAUCAGUGGAAGGAUCAACCAUUAGAAGUUUUCAUUGUACCGUUUUCACAUCACGAUCCAGGUUGGAUUAAAACUUUUGAAAGAUACUUCGUCACUGAAACAAAGCCUAUUCUAGAUGCUACGUUAACGACAUUAAGCGAAAAGGAAGAAUCUAGGUUUGUCUAUUCUGAAGUGUCGUAUUUAGAUUCAUGGGUAAAUACUUUAUCAGAGGAACAAAAACAAGCUUUCAAAAGAUUGUUGCUCAAUGGACAUUGGGAAAUUGUUUCAGGUGGCUGGGUUAUGCCAGAUGAAGCAGUUACGCAUUAUUAUCCGAUUAUUGAUCAAUUUAUUGAAGGUCACCAUUGGUUAUUAGAACAUUUUGACUAUCGACCAAAUGUCACAUGGGCUAUUGAUCCGUUUGGACAUUGUUCAACAAUGCCAUAUAUAGCGAAAAAACUUGGUUUCUCUCAAAUGAUUAUUAAUCGUGUACAUUAUGAAGUCAAAAAGUAUCUUGCUAGUCGUAAAGCCUUGGAAUUUAUGUGGCAUCAACCGUGGGAUACUGCCGGUUCCCACUCUAUCUUGGCGCAUAUGUUUCCAUUCUUUUCAUAUGAUGUUCCUCAUACAUGUGGUCCAGAGCCUGCAGUAUGCUGUCAGUUUGAUUUUAUUCGAAUGGAAAGGUACAGUUGCCCAUGGAAAAAAUCACCGGUCCCCAUAGAUGAUUCAAAUGUUGCUGCUCGAGCUGAUAUGUUAGCUGACCAGUACAGGAAAAAGGCUACAUUAUUCAAUAAUAGUGGUCUAGUUUUAAUCCCAUUAGGUGAUGAUUUUCGUUAUCAAUCAACACAUGAAUGGAAUGUUCAGUUGGAUAAUUAUAAUAAAUUAAUUCAACACAUCAAUUCAAAUCCUAGCUAUAGGAUGAAAAUACGUUUCUCUACAUUAUCCAAUUAUUUUCAUGCAUUAAAUGAACGAGUAAACAAAAUGAAUUUAACACUUUCUGCAUCAUUUCCAUCAUUAUCUGGUGAUUUCUUUACUUAUGCAGACCGACAACAUGACUAUUGGACUGGAUAUUACAAUUCAUAUCCUUAUGAAAAAUUUUUAUCACGUUUAUUAGAAUCUGAGUUAAGAACAGCUGAAAUACUUUACAGUUUUGCUAGACAAAGUGUUGGUCGUAUACAAAGCGUUGCUCAAUUAAUACCAUUAAUUGCGAAUCUUUAUCAGAAUCUUACAACAGUUCGACGGAAUCUUGGUUUAUUUCAACAUCAUGAUGCAAUACCUGGUACAGCACGACCAGAAGUAAUGCUUGAUUAUUCAGAAAGAUUAUUGAGAGCUGUCGAUGCGGCACGAAAAGUUAUUACAAUCUCUAGUGCUUAUCUGCUACUAUUACCAUCAAUGUUAAAAUCAGAUAUUGAGUUUUCGAAUAGACGACGUCUACCUGUCUCCAGUCAGUUUAAACAAACGUUAAUUCAGUUAAAUGAUGAAUAUGAGAGAAAAACCGAUAAUAGCAAUGAUAAUAUUUUACAUGGUUUCUAUUCUCUAGAAGAUAAUUUACAUCAUCAUCAAUAUUCAGAGCCAAUUUUAAUUGAUUUCUUUGAGAAUAAUGGUAAUGCUGAUGUUGAAAAUACUCGUCGUAUUUAUAUUUUCAAUCCGUCGACUCGCAAUCAUAGUAAAAUAAUCACAUUACAUGUGAAAAGUCGUCUAAUGAAUUUUACAGCUAAACAGAUUAUUUCAAAUUCUAUGGAAAUAUUGGAUCAUCAGUUAAAUAUACAAUUAGAGCAUAGUUCAACAAAUGUACCAAAUGAUUUUCAACAUGAACAACAACAUGUUAGUUUGUUAUAUUUAAGUCCAGUUAAAUUAUAUCCUCUGUCAUUUACAUGUAUUGAAUUGAAAUUAACAUCAAUGCCAACGUCAUCUUCUAUGUUACAAGUAAAUCCACAAUUAAUACCAGUUAUAAAUGAUGCUGAGAUAUUAGUUCAUAAUCGUCCUCAACUUUUCAUAGAGAAUGAUUAUAUUCAAUUGGAAUUUGAUUCUAAAACUGGUUAUCUUCAAAAAAUGUUGAAUAAAUUAACUGGACAAUCUGUGGAGAUGAAAAUUAACUUUAUGCAAUAUAAAAGUUCAGAAGGUGAUUCACAUAGUGGCGCUUAUUUGUUCAUCCCUAAUGGAGUAGCUGAACCUUCACCAAAUCCAAAAUCGUAUCGUUACACUAAAGGUAAUUUAGUGGAUGAAGUGAUAGUUUACACGCAGUAUGUUACACAUAAAGUUCGUUUGUACAAAUCAUCUGGUUUACAAUCACAGUUCAUUGAGAUUGAGAACAUUGCCAACAUAAAAGUUAGUCGUCCUACUGAUAUUGACAUAUUUAUGACAAUACAAACUAAUCUUUUGAAUAAAGAUCGAGUAUUCUAUACCGAUUCUAACUGCUUCCAGUUUAUUCAAAGACAGUAUUAUGAUAAAAUUCCUUUGCAAGGGAACGUUUAUCCAGUAGCAUGCGGCGCCUAUAUAGAACAAGAAAUGAAUGACAGUGAUGAUAGAAGCCAUACGAAACAAUAUCAACGAUUAAAUUUAUUCACUUCACAUCCUACUGGUGUAGUCAGUCCUAAAGUUGGUCAAAUCAAUGUAUGGAUUGAUCGUCGAUCUUCACGAGAUGAUUCACGUGGUGUUCAAUCGAAUUUGCAUGGUGAAUGGAUUGUAAAAUCACAAUUACAUUUAUUUACCGAAAUAAUUUCAGUUGAUAAAACUCAGAAAAUAGCUAUUCCAAGUUUGUCUAUAUUUUCCCAACAAAUAUUAAAUGAUCUAUUAAGACCAAUACAUAGAUUUUAUGUAAAUCAACCCGAUUUAAAUAAUUUACUUGUAACAGAAUAUAGUUUAAUACCUAAAUCUGGUCUACCAUGUGAUUAUGAAUUAGUAACAAUGAAAACAUUUCAUAAUAUAAAGAUACCAAUAAAGUUUCAUGCUGCACCGAAUACUCAAGUUGGUGUGAUUUUACGACGUCAUGCACCAGUUUGUUAUGCUAGAAAUUUACCGAAAAUUGAUUUUUACUCAGAAUGUUUCAAUAAUAAUGUUGGACAAAAUGAACUUAAUAUACAUGAAUUAUUUGGUUCAAUUCAAUUAAAAUAUGCAAUACAAACUAAUCUGACUAUGAUUCCAUCAUUGGUCUCUUCUAUGAUUGAUGAUAAUAAUAGAUAUCAAUCAAGUAAAAUAAAUCGCAUUCAUGUGAAGUCAAUGGAAAUUGAAGCAUACUAUCUUGUUUAAUUCAUUAUUCUUAUAUGUAUUCUUGUUAACAUUUUUAAACUUGCUUCUUUUUUUUUUAAAAUCCAUAGUUGUGUUGAUUUUGUUUUUCUUGUUUUGUGGAAAAUACUCUUUCUUGAUUUUUGUUUGUUUUAAAACUGUCCCAUGGUACGUACUAAUCUUCCGCCAACUAUCUCUCCUCUCCUGUGAAUGUCAACACCAUAUGUUUGUGUAUAAUAAUAAUAAUAAUCAUAAUGGUAAUAAUGAUGUUGAUAAGAUUGUACAAAAUCACUCAUUUAUGUUUGACUUUUGUAAUAUGAUGAUGGGAUUUUGUCUUUUCUAUAUAUAUGUAUAUCCAUUGUUAUUAAUUACAUCAGUCUUUCCUCUAAUGCUCAUGCUUAAAAUAUGUAUGUGAUGUAUGAUAAUUAGGAAUACUUUUAAAUUUGUGUUUGUUGUUUUAUUUAUUUUCUCGCUCAAUGUAUUACUGAAAUGUUGAUCACUUUAUAAUGAUACUUAUCUUUUAUGAUUGUUUUAUUCGGAAAAAAAAUUUCUACUUUAUUGUGUUAAUCCUAUUGAAUUGAAGGUGAAACAGAAAAAAAUUCUCAGUUUAGGGGUUGUAGAGAUUGUUGAGUUUUUGAUUGAAAUCAUGAACCGAUUGAUGUUAGAUCAACAUUGAAAACGUGGGAGCACUGGAUGGCUGUUUCGUCCUGUUGUGGGACUCCUUAGCAGUGCGCAUCCACGAUCCCAGGGCCCUCAGUCUUGCGCGAGAACACUUAACCUAUUGGACUACUAAGCUGGCCGGCAUUCAAUGGUGUUAAUGUCUAACCUCAACCAAUCUAGAUAUUUGUAAAUCAUUUCGGUUUGAGUUGAUAAAAAGAUAAGUAAUAAACAAUUCGGUUUGAUACUUUAAGUUUUCCACUAGUUGAUAGUUGUUAGUACUUCAAAUUUCAAAGGAACUGAUAAUCUUUAUGAGAUGCAAAUUAUCCAAUCACGCUAAGCUUCAUAGUUUAUAUUGUCCUUUACUUGUUAGAUCUACGACAAAUCUGUACGAUUAAGAUAUUUACAACUGGUAGAUCACUGAGUAACGAUCGUUAUCAUACAUUUCUAAUUAUAUUGGUACUAUUCAAAUUCUGUUGACCAUGUUGUCAAUAUGACUCACUGGUUUAAGUGACUUAACGAGAGAAUUGUAAUACACUGUCAAGUAUUGAUCAUUCACUUAGUUAAAAAUCAUGACUGCCAAAACGUCUGUCUGGGUCAAUCUAUGAUAGCUAAACUUGACAAUGGGGAAUAUCAUUACUGACUAUUAGCUGGUUUAAUUGAGUAGUCUAGUGUUUAGACGAAGUGUAGAAUCUAUGAUUCAAUGAAAGAAACUUAGACUACUGGUUUAUACAACUGCAUGAACCAAUAUUUAUUAUUUUACUGGUGUUUUACCGAUCGUAAAACUUGCUGUUGAGGGUAGGAGAAAUUAUGAAAACAACACGCAGUAUAAUCGGGUUCAUUAGAUGUGGGUUGAAUUGUUUCACACUUUAACCAUGUAGGAAUUAUUAUUCGUAAGUUUUCAGAAGUUCAUUUGAAGUAAAGUCUCGCGCGCAAGACUUACAGGUCUUGGGUUCGAGUCCCGCGAGGGGAGAUCGUGGAUGCGCACUUUUAAACUUUAUUCAAUAGAUAGUAUUCGCUACUGAUGUUUUAUUACAAUAACUGCAUAUAAUAUUGUUUUUCGUUUGAUUUUUAAUGAAUAAUAAUCCAUUCAGUUUUGAAUAUUAUGGAGGCAAUCUGCUAAAAUGCCUAAUCUAUUUUCCAACUGUGCAAAUAUAAACUUAAUUAACCUUUUUAUUUUUAGAUUUAAUUGAACUGAAUAAUUAUGUGUGUACUUAUCCUCUAGUGAACGAAGACUUGGUGAGGAUAAUCGACUUAUUGUUUAAUGCACACUCACAUAGGGGUUUAGUAAAAUAUUAAAAUCACACAUCCAAUGCAUCGUUUGAACAUCUUUCAGUUUUCUUUUACAUCCUUCAUGAUUCUUUCAAUUCUUUUUUUAUUCCAAUUGCUUUCUUCUUUUCAGUUCAAUCUUUUGACAAACACUUCUGAUUAGUGUCACAUACUACUUACAUUUGCCAACAUAAGUAGCAUACACUGCGAACGGGUAUUAUAAAAGGCUUACUGCUGAUAAUCAUUUUUGGGAAACUUUGAAUAAAGGAUCAAAGUUGUUGGUAUAUUUUUCUCCUCUAUGUCUGUGAUAAUAAACUGAUUAAAUAGUCAUAGCUGGUAGAUUCGCUUGAAAAUUUUUAAUCAUUAAUUACAGAGUCUAGGUAGAUAGUGACUAGUGAAAACAUCUAUACAAUAUAUUAUACUGAAUAGUUACGAUUUAAAUCGAUGUGUUGAAUAGAAAUUUGUUACGAUGUUGCUUAAUUGUUGAUAAUUCCUUAUUGCAACAACAUACAUAAUACUAUCAUGAUUUGUGUAUAACUGAAGAUCAUCAAAGUUUGAGGAUUGUGCACAUAAAAAGAUUAUGAUUUGUUAAUGAGUCUUGACAUAGUUGUCAGUAACCGUUAUAACUCUUAUUCAGAAAUUUGUAACAUCAAGCAUGCUAUCAUAUGUUCUUAUCAGUAUUAUCGGGAGAUUUUUUUGUAGUUUUAUAUCGUCUUUUCAAUUCUUAAUCAUUAUUAAUGAUGAACUUUACGUCACAUAAACUUCUGAAAACUUACGAAUAAUAAUUCCUACAUGGUUAAAGUGUGAAACAAUUCAACCCACAUCUAAUGAACCUGAUUAUACUGCGUGUUGUUUUCAUAAUUUCUCCUACCCUCAACAGCAAGUUUUACGAUCGGUAAAACACCAGUAAAAUAAUAAAUAUUGGUUCAUGCAGUUGUAUAAACCAGUAGUCUAAGUUUCUUUCAUUGAAUCAUAGAUUCUACACUUCGUCUAAACACUAGACUACUCAAUUAAACCAGCUAAUAGUCAGUAAUGAUAUUCCCCAUUGUCAAGUUUGGCUUUCAUAGACUGACCCAGACAGAUGUUUUGGCAGUCAUGAUUUUUAACUAAGUGAAUCAUGCAGGCUUGGUUACACUAACAAUUGAUUUAUCGCAAAUUUCAUUGGAGCGUAAAUUCACAGGGC